UUAAUAUACCCCAAAUGCCCGCGGAUACCAGUUAUUGUCUGAACGUGAAAGAGAUCGCAAACAAGAGUGGCUGAUUCUAAGUGAGAAGCUGCGCCUUUAAUUCGAAAACUGUGACUGCAAAAAAAUAUCGAGAGAAAUGGAAGAUCCAACGAUAUAUGAAGGAGUGUUUGACAACCUUAUGCAACAGAUUGAAGAAGGUGAAAAUGCAGAAGAGAUCGUGAGAAACAUAAAGGAAUCGACCCUACAAGGACGUCUGAAAACACCGGAGAAUCCAUCGUACUUUAUCAUGACCAUAAACAUGAGUAGUAACCACCAUGUAAAGGGAAGUGCACAGAAACGGAGGGAUCUGUUGUCAGUUAUUUUGCGUUCCGCCUUAACUGCAAUAAUUUUCUGCCAAGAACUACCAGGAAAAUUUAAGACAGAAGUUGUUCCAAAGGGGUACGAAUACAGAGAAAACAAACCUGAAGCAGCUGUGAUGUGGGAUAGCAAACAUUUUGACGGCUCAUCCGAGGGAUUAGAGACCGAUAACCCUGAAUUAACUGAAUUGUCGGAUAAGAAAGGCCAUGCAAGCAAGCUGCUGUCUAGAAUUUCGAUGGUCAAACUGACGCCUCUUGGGCAGGAACGUAACGAGAGUAUUCUGGCAGUUUCGUUUCACGGACCCUACAUCGGUAAAACCAAAAAGGAAAGAUCUGAGAUUUUCCAGAGUCUCGCGGAGUUUCUUGAUAAAGUGAUUAAAUUACGACGUAUACGCUCUUACAUCGUCGGUGGGGAUUUCAAUUUUGAUACUCAAGAAGUCGAACCCCCUAAAGAAGUGGUCAUCGCAUCUUUUGAAUCAUCCCCUCGGUCUAAAGAGAAGCAGAAAAAAUCGGCCAGAUUUAUACCGAACAAGGAUAACUUUCUUUGGUACCCGGACAAGGCUGUCAUCAAAGUCUCUUGGACAAGAGCCUUCGUGUUCGGAAAUGAGAAUGAUAAAAGCAGUGACCUAACUAAAGAAGACUACAAAACAGUCCACAAAUCACUGGCUAAAGAAAUAACGAAGAAGACCGAUGCAACCGCAAGCGGGGCAACCGGAACAACCAAAGCAAGUGAAGCAACUGAAGAAACCAAAGCGACAGAUUUGUUGGAUCACGAUCCUGUUGUAGGUGUUCUUGUCUUUCUUCCUCCUCCUAAAGAGGUUCGGCAAGAUCUCUCAAAAACUUUCGAAAACAUAUCGAUGUCAGACAGUCGAGAGGGAGCAGAAGCUGCUAAUCCAGGUACAGAAUAGCUAUGAAUUACUGUUUAAACAAGAGACUAUUCGAAGUCUUGUAAAUAACAACCCGAACGAAUAAUAUGCGAAGAGAUCUCUGAAUAGGGUUAACCGAUUAGCGACAAAGGGCGAAAAAUAUAACUGACAACCGACAAAACUCUCCAAAAACUUCGACAAGCGACAAGUAAAUACUUAACAAUAACUUACAUGGUCUAACAUCAGCGAUAUUUGUAUUCAAAAAUAAGAUCAUUCUAAAGU